AAGAUUAAUGUGACAAUUAAGAUAAAUUGUUUCACUAUGAAUACACCUAAUAGUUAAUAGAUUAAUUAAUCAUUUAGGUUUUGGUUAGUUUUAUCAACAAGAGUAAAAAAAAUGAGAAUCAAAUCAAUUAAUUUACAUUUGCAUUUAUAUACAUUGAUGUUACAUAAAUAAUAGAUUUGACAAAAUCAAAUACAUCGAGAUUGAAAUGUUUAUCCAAAAAUAAAUCGGUUGACAAUUAACAUGAUUAAACAUGAUUAAGAUUGAUUGAAUUUUGUAAUACGUUUGAAAACAGGAAAAGAUCAGAAUUGAACGAUUAACUUGGUGAUUAAUUUCAAUUGAAUUCUGGAUAAAAUCAACAACAACAUCAUCUUUCAUAGAGUAAAAGUAAAAGUAGAAGGAAAAAAAGUUCUGAUCGAAAACUCUGAUUCCAAAGUAAAAGAAUCAACAGAUUAGCUAAACAAUCAAAUGAAAAGGAAAAUAAGAGAGAGAGAGAGAGAGAGAGAGAGACUAGAACUCGAGAAAGGAAAUUAGAUCAAAUUCUGAUGGAUCAAUGAACUUUUCCAUCAUAAUUCAGAACCACCUGAAUUCAUGUGUCUCAAUGGACCAACAGGUAUCAUCAAAAUGUAUUACAAUUAUAAUAAUCACAAUGAUAAUCAUCUAAAUGAUGAUGAUGCUUGUCUUUGAUUAGGCUUUUUAUCAUGUUAAUCAUAAUUGACUCAUGAUGAUGCUUAAAUUUUCUUUUGAAUUAAUAAUAUUAUAUAAACCAUGAAACUUUCAUGAUACAUUUUCAAUCUUGAGUAUUUCUAAAUUGUUAGCAGCAUCCACAAAGAAUCAGUGUCCAGUAAUUGGACACAAAUUAAUUUAACAUAAUUGUAUCAGAAUUUUAUUUAUCAUUCCCUACAAAAACAACCUGUCAUUCAUUGGCUACUUGGUAGUGGUCAAAUUUUUAUGAUAUAAUAAAUGUAAUGCUGGUCAGUUGUUAUUCAAUUAUAACCCAUUGGUUUCAAAGUGGAAGACAAAAAAAGAUAAAGUCAUUAAUCAUUCAGAUACUUUUAUUUUGUACCAUUUAAAUUAAUUGAAUUAUCAUGUUUAAUGACUGACAAUCAAGCAAAAACUAGAAAUGCUUUUUAAUUACAUUGUAUUAACACCAAUCAACUUUAUAUUACAUUGGCUUGGCAAUUAACAAUCCAUCUUAAUUACCAUGAUGACAAUGGUAAUUAUCUGAAUUCAGUAAUCAAGAGUAGUUGAUAAUAGUUGACAAAAAAAAGUCUCAUAUUUGAUUAAUAUAAAUUGUAAUUUUCUUGGUUACCUGAGCAAUUAAGCUGAUUGUGAUUUCCAACUGAAUCUCCCACUCCAAACAAUCAACCUGAUCAUUUAAUCAACCCAUUGAUGUGGGUGAUCAAAAAUUGAGGUUAAAUUGUUCACCAGGUAAAUUAAGAUAAAUUGUAUUGGUGAUUAACAUGGUAACAAACAAAUAGCAAUGUAAACAUUAAUCAAGAACAAUUUAGUUGAUGAUGGUAAUGAUUAAGUUUGUGAAGAUUGUACAAUCAAAUUAGGCAACCUUCAAAUUGUUGAUGAUUUUUGAUUAACACUGAUUUGGGAAAACUAUUAACUCCUUAAUUAUUGCAAUCAAGGUUGAGAAAAUGAAGAAAUUUUUUUUUCUUGAUUGAAUUUACAAUAAUUCAUUCAUACAUUUACUGUCGUAAUUAUCUUGAUUGUUGUCAAUUCAAUCACAACUCAUCAAUAUUUAAUAAUAGCGAAUCUUUUUUUCUGUUCAUGAGAGUUAAUUGUUAUUCAGAUGAUUGUUAAUUUCUUGUCAACGCUUUGGAUUUAAAAGGAAACAAUUAUUUUCGAAAUUGAUUGAUUGUCCAUUCGGAUGGACCGGAAAUUGCUCACAAAUUGUACGAAAAUAAACUAAAUUGUGACAUGGAGAAAAAAAUAUUAGAAACUCUAGUAAUUUAAAAUCAAUUCCAUAUCAUUUGCCAAUCGUGAUAGAACAACAAUCAAUAGACAAUUCAAAUUGCGAUCCAUUUUAUUCCAAACCAUUUAGAUUGAGUUUUCUUGUUUUCUAAUAAGUUUGUGAUUUUUAGAGAAAAUAUUCAAAUUAAUCAACAGGUGAUUAUGUCGCACAAUUAGUUAAUCAUUCAUUCAUUUUCCACUAAAAUCAUGUCUGGAUUUGCUGAUCUCGAAUCAAUGAAAACCUCGCAUAGACCUCGACAUUUAUCAAAGGAAUCGAGUGAUGACAAUGUCAUGAUAAUCUCUCCCCCUCCACCUCCUCUGAUCCCACCUGCGACUCAUGUGGUUCCAUCGUCCCUUUUAAUGUCACCACCACCUCCGAAAAUCGUGCCACCCUUAACACUUAUACCUAAACCACCAUCUUCAGCACCUCAAAUGUUCAUCAUUAUAUUAAGUUACCUUGGUGCUUUGGUUCAAGGUGUGUUUCUUUUAGUUCGAUAUGCCCAAUAUCAGACCACUACAACGGUGAUCAUUGAGCGACCUUUAGAGACCGAAUUACCUUCAAUAUCCCUCUGCUUUUUUUAUGGUUUACCAGAACUGAAAAAUGUCACCGUUAACAAUUCAAUUGAAACUUAUCCGUUAACUUUAGCUGAGAUUAAUUAUAGAUUACCAAAAAUCGACGAGUGGAUUAUCAAUUGUACAGUUCUAAACAGUACAACUUACCAAUUCCAACCUUGCUUAGAGUUUUAUAAUUACACCGUUGAAUAUGUCUCAUUAUACUCUAAGUGUUAUUCGUACUUUGAAAGUUUACCCAAACAAGUUUAUUACGAUCGGAGGUUCGUUGUUGGUAAAUGGAUGUUGGAUGUUACUUUCAACACUUCGGUAAUUAAAACUAAAAGAAUUGGGAUUUAUAUCACUCACACUUAUGCUGAACUAGAGGAAUCUCUAGGAAAUCCUAGUUUCUUACAAUUCGAUACUGAGGUUAACAAUCAAGCAGUGGCCACUUUCAAACGAACGGCAGUUACUCGUCUUCCACCACCUUAUGAUACCGAUUGUCUUUAUUACGAACAAUAUGAUUGUAAUCAUAUUAAAACUUGCAUGAGACAUUGUAUCAUGAAUGUUUCAUUCGCUGAGUAUAAAUCAUGGUUCAGUCGAAGCUACGUCAAAAUGAGACCAGAAUUUGAGAGCGGCUGGUUUACUAAUCGCUCGGAAAAGGAAAUGUAUGCCAAUUGUUCAAAGAAAUUCAAUAGACCACCUUGUAAUGAUUACCAUUAUUUAGCUAUACUGACCAGCGAGUUUAAAUCGGAGAUUCAACCUAACGGAACUUUCCAAUUAUCAGUGGCCUAUCCUACGACACCGAAAAUUGAAGUCUAUUUCAAUCCCCGAUUUAAAUUCAUUGAUACGGUCGUCUUUUUUGGUGGAAUGUUCUAUCUCUGGACUGGAAUAUCGCUGCUUAUGAUUAUUGUUUGGUGCAUGCGAAAGUCUGAUCGUCUUAUUCGGGAAUCGAUAAAUUAUAUCUUUCAAAAGAAACAGAAUCAAUUACAGAAUAAUCUUCGUACUCACGGGUCACCCUUACGAGCCAAAAUUUCAGUUAUUUCGAAAGGAUGGACUGAAGAUGAGGUCAAUUCGAAACCUGUGCGACUUAAUCAAUUUACUUCACAUGGAUUAGCAACUUUCCGAUCACCAUAAUCAAAAAAAUUCAAUCGACAACCUGUUAAUCUCUUGACUAACUAUUUUACUGUAACUGUCUUCAAUCAGCUAAUCAUAAUGUUAGUCGAUUGAUUGUCGAGGUACAAAUUUACAAUCAGCAUUAAAUUGUAACUGUCAAGUCAUCGGAUUUUAUCAUUUGAUUCCUUAACAAUCAACUGAUCAUCAACAACCUGUUUACCUCUACUGGUUAUUUAUUUUUACUCAGCAAUUUAAAACAAAAAAGUCAAACACAAAAUGUAAUGAGAGUAAAAAACAAAAUUAUUUUGAUGUUAAUUUGAUUCCCUAAUCAAUGAAAAUUUACAAUUUCAAUUGCAAUUGCGAUUGAAAAUAAGAUUAUCAUUUGAUAUGUUGAUUGAACUAAUCAACAUUUUCCACCGUCAUGAUUAAUAGAAGUGUAUUAAUCAUAUUCAAGUGAUUAUCCAACUAUGAUAACACUUAUGAAUGGAGGUAAUAAUAAUACUAACUCCAGAUAAAUAUAAUAAUAAUCAUCUCAUGAAUAGGAUUCUGAUAAACGAUUCACAAUGUGAAUAGUAUCAAUGUAAUCAUAUUUUUUUCGCAUUAGUUUUUGAUCAACAUGAAUGGUUGAAUAAAUUUAUCAAUGAUUAGAUAAUUAGAUGUAUAUGAAUGUGUAAAUGAUGAAUAAUAUAAUAUA